AUGUUAAGACAACAACUUCAAAGUCAUGCCGCAGCCUCUGCCAAUGCCAACGCUAACAACGCCAACGCCAACCCCACCAACACCAACAAUGUCAACGCUCCGGCUUUGACACAGACCACAGGCACGGACUUGCAGACAUCGACGACGACGUCGAUGACAAGUGGUGGCGACACCACAUCCACCUCCGACAUGAUCGGAAAUUUCACCAACAGUCAGCCAUCACCGAUUGUUAAGCGAUCCACACCAUUGGCCGCACGCAAGGUUAAUCCGCCAACACAAUUUGUCUUUGCCAUUGAUGACAAGAAGGCAAAGAAGACUGUGGGCAAACCUGCGAUAAACAAUGUUUGGGCGCAAACUCACGAUGGAUCGCUCGGCAGAUUGGACCAGCACACGCUCAUUCCGGGCCAGCCACUGCCCGCAUCGCCACCACUCGCGCACAUCCUGUCCUCUACGGAUGAGUCCGAGUAUGAGCAGGCGGCAUCAGACGACGAGGACGAUGGAAUAUCGACCAGUGGAGACGAGACCGAUGCAGCCACCAGAGAGGACUACAUCCAGCUCAGCUCGUCGAUCAAGAGCGUCAAGACAUUGGACCUCUCGACGACAAUCAAUCUCGCCAGCUUCAGUAUCGAUCACCUCGUGGGCGAGGGCGGCUUUGGCAAGGUGCACCUUGUGACCAGGAAGGACACGGGCAAGAUCUACGCCCUCAAGUCCAUCAAGAAGAACCACAUCAUCAAGUAUCGCAGCGUCACCAACACCAUUGCUGAGAAGGACAUAUUGAAGCGUGUCAGACAUCCAUUCAUCAUCCGUCUCCACUAUGCCUUCCAAGAUGCAAAGAAGUUAUACUUGGUCAUGGACUUUGUCAAUGGAGGACACCUUUUCUUCCACAUUAACAAUGAGUCAAUGUUCUCUGAGGCCCAGAUGCGCUUCUAUGCUGCAGAGUUGAUCCUCGCUCUUGAGCAUCUUCACAGUCUUAACAUUAUCCACAGGGAUUUGAAGCCUGAGAACAUCUUGUUGGACUCGCAAGGACAUAUCAUCUUGACGGAUUUUGGAUUGGCCAAGGAGGAGGUGCAGAGUGAGAACUCUGUCGGAUCCUUCUGCGGAACAAUCGAUUAUAUGGCGCCAGAGAUGAUCCAGCGAAAGGAGUACGGCAAGUCGGUGGACUGGUGGUCACUCGGCAUCCUAAUGUACUUUAUGCUGGUUGGUAAGGUACCAUUCACCUCGGUCAACGAGGCCAAGCAGCAAGAGCGCAUCAUCAACGACAAGGUCAAGUUCCCGACGUUCAUCUCGGCGCCGGCGCGCUCGCUCAUCACGGCACUGUUGCACAAGGACCCCACCAAGCGACUGGGUUGCGAUGGCCACGGCGUGCAGAAGAUCAAGCAGCACGCAUUCUUCAAGGGCUUGCAGUGGCGCAAGUUGGAGGCGCGUGAGGAGGUGCCACCAUUCGUGCCAAAGACCUCCAGUCCAUCGGAUCUUAGCAACUUUGAUAUUGAUCUAUUGAAACCUAGUAUUAAUGGCAUUGGAGUUGUUAAUAAUGUUGAUGCAUCCAAUACUACUACAACUACAACAACUACUACAACUACUACAACUUCAACUAAUGGCAACAACAAUGGAGACAAUGGCAACGAUAUCAACCUUGGUUCAAGCUCCUCUGCACUCACUGGCACAUCACCGGCAUUGAGCGUAUCACAACAGGCGUACUUCCAAGGAUUCAGCUAUUUUGGCAGUCCUCAAUACCUACCUCAUAAGUGA